UAAUUAAGAAAGAAAGAUAUACCAGAGAUUCGAAUUGAGCAUGCAUCCUAUUCCUACCAGAUCAACUAAUCUGGAGCUUGAAGGCAGCCUGCAGGCCACCCUUUUUUCGAUCUAUAUAGUUGAGGCUCGAUCGAUCGGUAAGUGAGGACUCAGACUAAAACUCUGAAAGCAACAUUAGUUGAUGAUCGCGUACAGUAGUGCUAGCUAUUAAUUGAGUAGGAAAGGAACGUCUUUGAUAGUUAUAAUUACAGUUAGCUGUCAUAUAUAUCAUAUAUUGAUUGGAAGGUGUUGUACUUACAGUGGAUAUAUGUAAAUAUGUAUGGUAUGCAGGCAGCCAGGUAGGCUAGCAACUAGCUGGAGGGCAUAUCGUGUAUAAUAAUAAUAAUAAUAAUAAUAAUAAUAAUAAUAAUAAUAAUAAUAAUAAUAAAUAAAUAAAUAAAUAAAAGAGAGAAUAGAAUGUAAAUUAAUGAGACGUACCUAAGUUAUUGAGUUGUGGCAAUAUUGGGUCCGGCUGCCGGCUAAGGUUGUCCCCAUCCCAUGCAUCCUUCUUAUCCAUCUCCCCACAAUUAUAUUUGUUGAUUUUUCCACAUUUUCAAUGAAACCCGAAGCCAUGAAAGAAGUACGUACAUAGAAAGAGAUAAAACAUAAGAGAACAUCAUACAAAUAAACAAACACAUCUCAAUGUAAAUAAGAGUCGAGAGAAGUUAUAUGAUGUUUUCUUUUUCGAUGAAAAUAAUUAGAAUAUAACGAAUAUCAAUGACCUCAUAAAAAAACGUUGGCUAUGUUGUAUUUUUCGUAUUAUAAAUGGAAUAAUAUUAAUUGAACGGACAUGUUGUAACGGUGGUUCACAGUUGAAGGAGAGCCAUCAAUACGUAGGUGGCCAGAUGGAAGAUGCAGGCAGGCAGCAAAGGUAGGGCCCAUGCAUGAGAAACCAAUUAAAGCAUGCAAUCCUGAUCAUGAUCAAAUAUAGCUGGGUACAAAACCAACCUCUUUUGUUGCUUGCUUUCUUAAUUAGCCGUCACGCACUCCGUUAGUAAAAGAUAUAGGCAAAUGGUUAUUAUAGUAAUUAUCAAACCAAAUAACUCUAAAUUCUGUUAGUCAUAAAAGAUAAUAUCAUAGUCAAACCGUCCAAAUUAAUUCGAAAAUCAAAUUAAUCAAAUUAAAGUUUAAUCGUGUUUCAGGUGGAAUUUCGCGUGAUCAAUGCACCAUGACUUCAAGAACACAGAAAACAAUGUUACUCGAUUCGCACCUCUUCAACACUGUUCGAACAAGGGUGUUCGAUGCAUACAUCAAAGGAACUGGCUACUUUUACCUCUACUCCUAUGGAGAUUCCUUGAGAGCUCCGCAACUACUGACUACAACUAAUAGAGAAGUCUCGUUGGAGGGUCCCUGGUGCUACUGCUACGGUUACUGUUCUAAAGAGAAAAGAUAAAUUUUUACGAGACUUGUUGUGGAUUGAUUUGUCUGUCUCCCCUCCAGAGUCUUGCUGUGAGUAUUGUUGCGCCUCGUCCUCUGACAGCCUUCUCUCUCUCCUCCCGAAAAUCAGCUCCACGUAGCAUCCCGUAACUCCUCCGAUCAUUCUUUGCAAGUCAGGUGUUGCUUCUGGUAUCCACCUCGACACGUCAUCAUGUCACUUGACCAUUGGACGGUCACCGUACAUAAAACAAAUUGGACAGUAUCCA